CCGCGCAUGCGUAUAAUUCACGAUAUCUGCUGUGACAAUAAACUAUUUCAAAACGUGAUUUAUAAUUUUGAAGCAUAAUUUCUUUGAUAAUAUCAUAUUAAAUAAUUUUAAGUAAAUAUUUACAUUUUAAAAACUAUUUCAAAAACUUAUCAUCUACAUUAAAUAUUGUCAUCACCUUGUUACCUGGUGUACGUCAAGUCGGUAAGGUGGGGUCUCAGUAGCCAGGUACUCCAACUACGCACUGCCAUAUUUUACACGGACCUUAUGAUAUGAAUUGCCUUUUGCUUUUAACUUUGUUGGCAAUUAUACCUUCAGGUAUUGCCAUACAGUGUUACCAAUGUGACAGCAAUGAAGAUAUUUCUUGUCCAUCAUCCGAGUCAUUUGAUACUAAAGUUAAUGGUUUAAUUGAUUGUAACAGCUUUGAAGCAAAUGUACCUGGGCAGUUUUGCAUGAAAAAGUACCAGCAAAGCCCUGGAUGGAAUGGUUGGAUCAAGAUAACCCGCAGGUGUGCCAGCAGAACAUCUUCUGGUGUUGCUUGGGGUUGCCAGUGGGUUUGGGAUGAAGCUGGUGUGUUCACAGAGACGUGUUAUUGUGACCAAGAUGGCUGUAAUACUGCUCCAUCUAGUGCAGUAAUCAAUUAUGUGUUAUUAGUAUUAGCACUGAUGUUUGUGAUUUUUAACAUUUAGGUAUCUACUGAAUGAAGCUGUAUCCUUCUUCAGUAGGGUGCUAACAUAUCCUUCCAAAACAUAUCCAUAAAGUCACCAGAAAUUGAUUGUAUUUUCAUAUAUUACAUGAAGAUUUUUUUAUACAAUUCCCAUGAUGGGAUUAUAUUUUCAUAAUUCCUUAUCCAUACUUACAUUUUAUUUUUAAUUUUAUAAAGUUUAUAAUUUUAUUUUUUUCACAUGUAUUAAAUAUUAUAUGUUAGAUUGUUGUGUAAAUAUAUUGUAGCAUAAAACAUAUACUAUUUUGUAACUAUUCAGAUACAGUAUGCUUUAUUCAUAGCAUUUUCAUUUUGCUAGAUUUUACUAUUAUAGUUUAAUAUAAGGCGGCAAGCCGGGAGAAUCGUUAUUGUCGAGCAAACUGCUUUGCAGUAUUUUGUCUGUUUUUUACAUUCUGAGUUCAAAUUCCGCCAAGGUUGACUUAGCCUUUCAUCUUUUUGGGGUUGAUAAAAUAAGUACCAGUUGAGCACUGGGGUUGAUGUAAUCGACUUACCCCACCCCUAGAAAUCACUGGCCUUGUGCAAAAAUUUGAAACCAAUAUCAAAAUUUAAUAUGCUGCUUUCAAAGCCUAAAAUUCCAUCUCUCUCUCUCCCCCCUCUCUCUCUCUCUCUCUCUCUCUCUCUCUCUAUAUAUAUAUAUAUAUAUAUAUUGAGUGUGCAUUAAGGAUUAAUUGUAUUGCUUUACAAAUUAACUCUCUCAAAUAGUAAACUGACAAACUUCUGUGACGUUAUUUAGGUUGUCAUGGCCCAUUCUUAUUAUUGCUGCCAAAUGUCAAAACGAAAAACAAAAGUCUUUUUUAUGUACUCUUAGAUAUCCAUAUGCAACUGAUUCUUCAUUAAAACAUCUCCUCUAGGUAUGGUUGUGAGUUAAGGUGACUGACCAGUGGCAAUAUGGUUAUGAAUUAAAAUCUUUAUGCUUUCUUCUAUUGUAGAGCACACAGCUCUUGUCGUAGUCUGUAUGGCUUACUAUAGGUUCUAAACUCAUUUCAUAGUUUCCAUGACUUUACAAUAAAUUUCAAACUUGAAUAAAUUAUUUUGCUGUGGAAUAUGUCUAGUGUUUUGAGCAGAAUCCUUCACCAGAGAAUUUGCCAUGAGGUAGAGGAGAACUCAUUUGUUUUAGGCAUAACCCUUCUGCUCAAUAUGGCAAAAUAGUUUGCUUCACUCUGUAACAUUUUAUACUUGAUAGUUUCUGGUGUAGACUAUCACUAGUUUUCUUUGAUUCUUCUCUUUCACAAAGAUUUGUAGAGGUUGUGAUAAUAUUUUAUAUGGCUAGUUUUUUUAUAAUUGUUAACAUCUUUUGAUUAAAAAUUUUCAUUGCUCAUUAUCUUUCUCUCUCUUACACUAUUGAUAGAGAUAUGGCUAAGAUUCCUAACAAUGAAUAAAAUACUUAACUUCUUGCCAUUGUUUUUUUUUCAUAUAUCAAGACAGUUUAUUAUUGCACUUGCCACAAUGUUUCUAGUUUAAAGAAGAUAUGUCCCUUUUCACUUUAUAAAGAGUUACCUUAGCUCUUAGCAUUAGAUUCUUCUGCACUGCUCAGCACAUUGGGCAGUAAUCUUCCUCCACUGGGUUCAGCCAGCUGUUAUUCUUGCACAUCCCUUCUUACCAAUCGAAAGCUAUCCAGUGAUACACUUAUUUCAUUUUCUUUAUUUAAUAUCCAUCUAAACUAGUAUGUAACCUGCUUCCCAUGAAAAUCUUGUACAAACUUUGAGCAAAAGUACCAUGUAAAUAUCUUUGAUAUAAAUAAUGUUGAACAGCUGUGUUACAACUAAAACACUAUUCUAGCCAUUCAGUCAAUAAUAUACAGAUAUUGAAUAUAAAUAUAGUCUGAUUUAUAAAGUCUUUCAUAUUUUCUUUCUAAUGAAAAGUACUGCUUGAUUUUUUUCCCUUCUACUCAGUUAGUGCUCUACAAUGCUUUUUAUAUAUUCAUUUUUGACUGAUACUUGCCAACACUUAACACUAUAUCUCUUUAAUGUGAAAAUAUUAUUUUCAGUGCAUCAUUACUUAUUAUUAAAAAACAUUUUUUUACAUAUAGCCGUUUGUAAAUUAAGGAAAAACUCAACUGUGCUAGCUUGAGUGAGAUAAUUUUUGAAAACUUGGAUGGAUUUAUAUUGUAUAUAAGAUAAAAAUUAGAAAUAUAUUUUGAAACUACAGUGUUUCAUCAUUUUGGUUUAACACUGAAAGUUAAUUGCAAUGCUGAAUCUCUUGUAUAUUUUAGGGAUCUCAUUAUCUUUAACUGAUGACCCCACAAUUAAUUUCUGUACAGUUAUUGAUAAUUUCUAGUUAAUUGCCAGUUUUUGUUUCCAUUUUCUUAUUUUACAUAUUUUUGGCAGUUUUCCAUCUAUACAUCAACUCUACUUGUUCAAACUUUAAACAAACACAGCUUUUAAAAAAAAAUUUUUAUUACUUUUCUGUUCUGCCAUCAAGUUAUUAGAUUUUGAAUUUGAGUCAAUGUGUGGGCCUCUUAAUGGUAUUUUGACCUACUAGAAAUAACAGCCAAAUUAUCUCCAAUUGCAAACCACCAUCUUAAAAAUGACAAAACAAAAAAGGAAAGGACAUAAUGGAUGAUGUUGUCAUCUAUCUAUCUAUCUAUCUAUCUAUCUAUCUAUCUAUCUAUCUAUCUAUCUAUCUAUCUACUUACUUACCUACCUUUCUUAUCCAUCCUUCCAUCUGACAGCCUAAAUAAAUAAAUAAAUAACUUCAAUAGGAUGGCUUUGGCUAGAACAUCUUCGAUCAUAGGUCUGCUUAGUUAGAGCUGACCAUAGGCUAUCAUCUAGUAUAACAGAUUUAGGACUAGAGUUUUACUUAUGAGUUAAAGCAUUAAAUUAUUAAGUUUUACAUACAACAAUAAACAAAUGGAAACUCAGAGACGAAGGAUGAAGUUGUUCUGAAUUGUGCUGUGAAAAUGCGAAUUGAGUUUGUUUCAAAGUCAAUUGUUUAUAUGCAAUUUCAAGGUUAUUAUACCUGGUUAUCAAUUGCUACCACAUACGACUGUAAUCAGUAGAAGCCCUGUAAACUCGGCAAGUGUUUGAAAGUGUCGCAUGGUAGCUGAAGAAAGCUACAGAAAAACAUUCCACGAUAAACUUCACUUGAUGUUAUGCUUUCGUUUGUGCUUCAGACCAAUGAAUUAUAUCGGAUAAAAGACUAUCAACAUCUUAAAUAUUAGAGACGGCGGAAGCAUUGUCAAUAUCAACAGGCAAUGUUUAUAUUCAAUUUGACUGGUUAUGAAGAUUACCUUCUGCGUUAACAUCUAACAAGGGACGCAACUCAGUUGAAAAAUAUUACCCGAUUAUUUAUCUUUAAACGGAAAACGAAUAUUGGAGAAAUAAACUCUCUCAAUUAUGUUACGGCUAUUUUUGUCUACAUAGAAAGGGCUUAUUUAAUCUUUUAGACAGAGUACACUAUAUUAUAUUAUUUAGUUCUGUUUUCUAUGCUUAUUUGUUCUGAAUUCAAAUCCUGCCUGAGCUAAAUCAGGCACGAGCUAAAUCAAUAUAAUUAACUUCCCUCCCUUAUAAAUUUGUGGCUUUGAGCCAAAAUGUAGUAUUUGAUAUUUUCAUUGUAAAUAUUUUAUACGGAAUGAUUCCAGACUUUUUAUCUAUUUCAAUAUCGACUUUUUAUCUAUUUCAAUAUCAACUUAUAUAUCUUAUAUACAUAUGUAUUUUAUUAAAAGUUGAUGCUUCUUGGUCAAGUAUAUGCACAUACAUACAAGCAGGCACAUUCAAAUAUUAGGGUUUGUAAACUUAAUUCUUUUCUUGGGAUUCUAGUUUCAUGUCACUGCGAUCCUUCUGAAAGAUUGCAGUGACAUAAACUUCAAUCUCAAGAAAAAAAAUUAAGUUUAUAUAAAUAUAUAAAUAUAUAUAUAUAUAUAUAUAUAUACGGUUUAGAUAUAGAUUCAAGGCUUGAAUAUGGUACUUAUGCGAAGGCACCCGAAUUUCACAUCCCAAAAGGAUGGGUGAUUAAAAUCAAAUAAUAAGCAACACGGAUUUCAAUAUAUAUAUAUAUUGGAGUAAUGGCGCUAAGCAGUGUUUACGUAUAAUCACAAUUUAGGUUAGUUGAAAUGUUUGUCACAUAUUUCAACUAACCUAAAUUAUGAAUAUAUAUAUAUAUAUAUAUAUAUAUAUAUAUAUAUUAUAUAUAUAUAUUUUUGAAAUUCAUUUAGGUAACGUUAGGGAUAUGCAAAUAAAGUUCCUAUUUCAUUAUGCCAGCUACUGUUUAAUGAUACUGACAAGAUGUCAAAAUCAUCUGAUCUGUGGAAAUGUAUGUAGCGAUGUAUUAAAUAUUUGUAAAUUUCAUCCUGGUAUUAUUAUUAUCAUUAUAUAUAUAUAUAUAUAUAUAUAUAUACACAUAUAUAUAUAUAUAUAUCUGUGCAUGUAUGUGUACAUAUAUAUGUGUGUAUGUAUAUAUAUAUAUAUUUAUUUGAUUUUGCUUAGUCACAGAAGUACCAAUAACAAGUUGUUAGAACUCAAUAUACUUCACAGUGUUUGUAAGGUUUGGCAGUGAGAAGGUGUGGAUUAUUAGAGAUUCUCCUUUCCAGACACUUAUAUAAACCUGCAAGUUAGUACAAAGCAUAAUAUCAAGUUAUAAAUGAAUGACAAAAUAACAUGACUGUUUUCAUUAGCUUACAGGUUUUUUUCCUACUAUAAGGAACUCUGCACCUCAAGUUGAGUGCCAGUGUAACAUAAUUUCCUCAGAGCUAUUUGAUUGCAUAUCUCCAGUUCUUUUGUCAUUCAUUUAUUAAUUAAUAAUAUAAAUGUAAUUAUAUAUAUAUAUAUGUAUUUAUAUAUAUAACAAGCACACACGUAUCUACUUCAUAUCAUAACCAGAGUUUCUAUUCAACUAGUUGCAGUUUAUUAAAACUAUUUCAUGACAUUGAAAUGUAUUGUAAAGGUUUUACCAUAUUUCUCUUUUCUAUUUCCUAUACCAGAUAAUUAUUCUGUGUGUGUGUGCUGACUGUUAUCAAACUGCUACUGGAGUUUAGAUGAAAAAUUGUUAAAUAUCUUUACCCUGUAUUUGUUAAAUUUGAUUGUUAUAUACAUUAAUGACAACUAAUUUGUCUUUCAAGAGGUUGUGCUAUGAUAUUCAUAUUGCCCUAUUUUUUAUGCUUUUGUGUAUUUUAGUAACUGUACUGACUCGGUGUCUUGUCACACUAGAAACAGUUACUGAAUGAAUGCUGUAUUAUUCAGUGAAUUGGGAUCCAUUCUGAAAUGAAUAUCAGAAUAAAAGCAACUAUGACAUUAAUAUAUCCUUAAAAUUUCUUCUUUAUAGUCUAAUGAAAGUUUCUUUGAUUAUAUUCUUCCUGUUUCUUUGAAGCUUUUUUUGGUAAACUUUAGAUAAUUUCCAACUAAAAUUCUGUGAUCAAUUUUUCACCAUUAGUAAUAGAAUUUGGCUGUUAUGUGAAUUUUAUUUUUCAUUAAUGAUACAAAACUGUUUGGCAUCAUAGAAUGCAAAACAAUCUUGGUUAUUUCAUUAAUACAUGUAAAGUUAAACAAAGUAUUUGUAUUCUUUAAAAUGUCAAUACAUACGCUUUCGUUUAUUAUGCUCUGAUGUUUUGUAGGCAUUUCAAUAUUUUGGUUUGUCUGUUUUUUAACGACACAUUUCUUUCUUUAGUUUUGAAAAUAUUUUCAAAAUUUAUAUAUAUGGGCUUGCAUCAUUUAUAUACAUUGAAGUAGAAAAAUUGUUUUUAUUGUUUUGCAUUAUAUGUAUUGUAUCUCUUCUUUACACACACACACACACACAUAAAUUUGUUUGAAUCAUCAAAAGGAACUUCAAAAUUCAAUUUUAUAAUUGCUCUUAUAAAAUAUUAUUAACAUAUUCAGCAACAUUCCACAGAUUUUAUUUUUUAAACAUAUGAUUAACUAGGAUUAGCUGUAACAACAGUAUGUGGAUUAAUAUUGUUACUUGUUGAUUCUCUUCUAUCUCUUAUUUUGUAAUGAAUAAAUAAUGAUAUUCUUGUAUGAGGAAAUUUGACCUUCGACGUUCAUUAAACACUUCUGAUAUGGUUCUGAUUUAAGUUAUUGUUGUAGCUGGCAACAAUUUAGGUUUAAUUAUCAUGUUUGUUAUCUUAAGUUAAAAUAACAACUGUAAAUAAAUAUGAAAAUAUAAUUUUUAAAUAAUUAGCCGAAUGUAAAAUUUGUAUUGUAUAUUCUCUUCUCAUUUUAUAAUCAAUAUGAAAUAUAUUUCAAGUGCCUUCUAUGAAAUCAUGUAAGCUCCUGGCUUCACACUUUGAGCCACCAUGUAUCAAGACAUAUCAAUGUAUUAUAGAAACAUCUUUUAUUUUAUCUUGUUUUGUAUUUAACAUUUUUUCCUUCAAUAAAUUCUACGAUAAAUAAA